AUGCCAAUUGAAACGCCAAAGCUCCGUGGAAAGACCUUGAUCAUCCCGUCCGUGUCCAUCGGCAACGUGCCACAGCUGUCGGUGGACUUGUUGGUACACAAUUUGCCCUUUGAAUGGGCGUGUUCCAUGGACCAUACGCUGCUAUACCCGUUUGCCUCUCCUGUUGAUUCCCUGGACGACGAGGAGCCAAUUGACCGUGGGAUAUCCACAGGGAUCGAGCUGUAUGUCGAUGAGACCCAUGGGCUGGCACUGGUGCAGCAGAGGAGCCCGAUCUUGCCCGGUUAUGGCUACAAAUUCGUCCAGUACCUGAGCCAGUUCAUCAGGGAGUCCCAGUUCCAAUCCGUGGUUGUGCUGGACUCUCAGGACUAUACACUCAAGAGCACGCUGGACGCCAGCUGCCCAAUUGAGAUCGUGUCGAACGACCUGAGCGAGCAGUUCAAGCAGUUCUCCAUAGAACAAGAGGAUAACGAGGAGAUGGUGCUGUCCCCCUACGUUAGAGCCCUGACGAAUGCUAUCAAGGGAGUGACUACUGUGUAUGCGGUUGUGAUGUUUGUCUACGAGGGCGAUAACAGAGUCGACUCGCAAGUGCUUGCUGAUAAAGUGCUGAAGCUUUUAACCAUCUCGUCGCCUGCUGGCCAGGGAUGGAAUCAUCCUAAAUCGUGGCGUUCAUUAUACGGAGAUCGUCCUUUGCCUCGUGGGUUGGAACAAGGUAUAUACGGUUAG